CCUCGUGCCACCGAACAAAUCGGGCCGCCCUUUCCUACCGCCGGCUAAUUUCAACGGUCAAAAUAAGCCCAAAAAAAAAACUCUCCACACACCAUGUCCACUCUCUCUUUCUCCCCCUCCAUCACCACCACCACCACCACCCAUGCGCAAUUUAGCCACCCCCUCUCCCCCAUGUUUAUCCUGCGCCGCCUCCCCCUCUCACGCAAUCUCCGCCUCUCCUCCCGCCGCAGCAACAACCGCGCCGCCUCCGUCGUCACCGCCGCGGCGGUUCGCCAGGACGCCGCCAUCUGGACCCCGGCUCCUCUCUCUCUAAUCGAAUCCGCCGCCGAGUCGCUUUUCCACGUCUCGAUCGACGUCUCUAGCUCCCCGGAUCUCGCGGCCUCCUACACGAGGCCCGGGCAGUACCUCCAGCUCCGCGUCCCCGAUGUCGAGAAGCCUUCGUUCCUGGCGAUCGCUUCUCCUCCUUCGCUGGCGGCUUCUCGUGGCGCUUUUGAGUUUUUGGUGAAGAGUAUAGCUGGAUCCACGGCGGAGAUUUUGUGUGGGUUGAAGAAAGGGGAGACUGUGGAGCUUAGCGCUGUGAUGGGUAAUGGUUUCGAUAUGGGUCGGGUUGAUCCUCCUGAGGAGUUUCCCACGGUUUUGAUUUUCGCUACUGGAUCUGGAAUCAGUCCCAUCCGCUCACUAAUUGAGACAGGAUUUGGCGCUGAUAGAAGAUCCGAUGUAAGACUCUAUUAUGGGGCUAGGAACCUCAAAAGAAUGGCUUAUCAGGAAAAGUUCAAAGAGUGGGAAUCAUCGGGUGUCAAAGUUGUACCUGUAUUAUCACAGCCUGAUGAUGGGUGGACAGGGGAAACCGGAUAUGUCCAGGCUGCUUUUGCAAGGGCUAAACAAGUUUCAAACCCCGAGGCCACAGGAGUGGUGCUGUGCGGACAGAAACAAAUGGCUGAGGAGAUAACCGCAAUGCUUGUAGCUGAUGGAGUCUCAAAUGACAAGAUGCUCAAAAACUUUUGACGGAUAUAUUUCUUUGUAUGUUGUAUUAACUUAUAUACUGUGUCAUCAUCAUGAUUCUUUUGCUACCAAAGUCAAAACACAGAUUUUUGUAACACAUUUAAAGAAUAAAAUAAUAGUACUGUGUUGAUUUUCA